AUGUCUCAUUACAGAAGUGGAAAAUUAGCCAGGGCAUUUAUUAUAAUUCCUAGUUUAGAGUAAUGGGAAAAAGUAUUAGAAUUAACAAAACCUUCAGAAUGGACACCAUAAGCAGUAGAAGCUUCAGUUCGAGUAUUUUCUUCAAAUUUAGAUGGACAUAGAGCUAAGAUUUAUUAUUAAACAGUUCUUUUACCUGCAUUAAAAAAAGAUAUUAAAAAAAACAAAAAACUAAAUGCACAUUAUUAUUAAGCUUUAAAGAAAGCUAUAUAUAAACCUGCUGCAUGGUUCAAAGGAAUUAUUUUCCCUUUAUUAAAUGAUCCUGAAACUACAGUUAAAGAAGCUUAAAUUGUUUGCAGUUUAUUAAAUAAAAUGACUGUCCCUGUAAUGCAUUCAUCUGCUUGUUUAUUAAGACUUUGUUAUAUGGGAUUUAGUGGACCUGCAUGUAUUGUGAUGAAAACUCUUAUUGAAAAAAAAUAUGCUCUUCCUAAUAGAGUUGUUGAAGGUUUGUUCUAAUAUUUUAUUCAGUUAAUUGAAGAAACUAAGGCUUUACCUGUUGUUUGGCAUUAAAUGCUUCUAAAGUUUUGUGAAUUUUAUAGUGGACAUUUGAAUGAUGAUUAAAAGAAAUAAUUGAAAGUAUUAGUAAAAAGAUAAUAUCAUUAAUUAAUUUCUCCUGAAAUACUUAAAGCUAUUGAUGGUGAUAAUAUAGUGGUUAAUGAUAAUAAAAUGAAUUUGGAAUGA